UUAUAUAUUUGGUGUGUAAAGCUUAUCACGUUUCCAACAACUGGCAUCGGAGCCGAGGUUUCGUUCGAGAAAAAGAAUGGAAAGUUUCCUGGAAGCCCAAGUUCCAAUGUUGACGGGCACAAAUUAUGGAGACUGGAGUAUCCAAAUGAAGGAAUUACUCCAUUUUUAUAAUAUUUGGGAUAUAGUCGAAAGCGGGUAUAAUGAGCCCACAAAAGCUGCUGAAGUAGCCUUGUCAGAUGCCGAGAAGACGACAUUAAAUGGGUGCAGGAGCAAAAAUAACAAGGCAUGUUUCAUGAUUUAUCAAGGUGUCGAUGAAUCCACCUUUGAUAAUAUUGCACAUGAAAAAAAAGCAAAAGACGCCUGGGAGAUUCUGCAGAAAUCAUUCCACGGAGUCGACAAAGAAGAAGAGGUGGAGCCUCAAGUAUUGCAUGACGAGUUCGAGAAUAUGAAAAUGAAAAAUUCUGGAAAUAUUGAAGAAAAUGUUACGCGUUUGAAAACGGUGACAAAUAAAAUGAAAGGAAAUGGUAAAAGUCUUGAUACUAUUCAAGUCAUGGAAAAGCAACUUCAUUCAGUGACAACAAAAUUCGAUUAUGUUAUAACUACGAUAGAGGAGUCGAAAUAUUUGUCGACGAUUUCGAUUGAAGGGCUUGCGUGUUUGCUCCAAGCCCACGAGCUGCGGAUAAAUCGUUAUGAUGAAGAAAUGAGCAAUUUGGAAAGUAUGUUACUACGGAAAGUGUCUGAUAAUUGUAGUCCUAGCAGUGGACUCAUAAAUAUUUCAGGGGAAGCGCCAAGGAGUAUGCUGAGUCCAGAUAAUAUCUACAAAGCAACAAGUCCGAUACAAACAACGGUUGAUAAUUUAGUGUUUUGUUUCAACGCAAGCAACAUCAUCAACAAAAUUCGGGAAUCUGUGCAUCACAAAAUUGCAGAACGAGUUAACUACAUGUCCAAAGAAAUUUUAGAUGAUAUAUUCAUUAAGUCGUUGAAGUGGGGAAUUUUUCACAAAGCGAAAGAAAAAGAAGCUCGGAAUGGAAAUUCGAGUUUGAGGGGGAGUGUUAGAAAUCAAACUCUCAUUUACUAAUAAGUUUGAAUAUAUAUGUUAUAUUCUCUAUAUGUGUGUAAAAGAAUAAAACAAAAACUGCAGCUUGGAGAUAAGGUUUGAAAUAUAGCUUAAGGAGUUGGUCAUAUACGUUUGAGGAGAAAAGGUGGCUGGCAAAUGUGAAAGAGACAGAGAGCUCCUAAAUAUAAGGUGGGCUGAAGGAAAACAAAGUGCAGCUACACAAGUCUUCCAAGAAAUAAGGUAGGCUGUAGAAUAUGCUAGUACACAUAUAUAUCAGUUAGUAAACUUCUAUUAAAUGCAGUAUAUGUAAGCCAUGAUGUGUGCAUGUCUUGUGUAGCCUAUAAAUAGGUUUGUUCGCUGUAGUAGUAUGAAGUAGAAAACACAAGUGAAGUGAAAAUUGUAGAGAGAAAAAACAAGAGCUGAAGCUCUGUGUGUAACAAGAAAGGCUGAAACCUAAAGCUGUCGUGAUAUGAAGGUACUCAGUUGCAGUCUUUGUUCAUCAAAAGCAAUAUAAGGAAUCUUUAAUCCAUCAGGAUUAAGAGUGAACUUCUUCUCUCCAAGAAAAAUAUCUACAACAGUACUUAUGUAACAAUGAUUGAUUAAUUGAAUUAAAUUAUAAUAAGCGAUAUAGAUCAUAUAAAUAUAUAAAUGAGAACAAUUAAUAAUAUAACUAAUAUCUAUU